AUGACAUCCGAAACAAAUUCAUCACACCGCCCUUCCGGCUUCCUUGCGCUCCCUGCUGAGUUGCGCAAUACCAUCUAUACGCUUCUACUUACGGUUCCUGCUCAUGUGAAACAAUCGCGUCGCAUUGCAACACGAGGACUAUGCUCGGACUAUGUUCUACCGCCGCUUGACCUAUGUCCAGCAGUUUUGCGAACCUGCCGGCAGAUUCACAACGAAGCAGUUAGCAUCCUCUACGGCGCCAAUCAAUUCGCAUCCCAUCCAUCACUGCUUACUGCAUUACCAUACCUCAUGACCCCACGCCAACCAAUCACCGAAGGCCCAGGCAGAUGGAAAAUCAAGCGUUGGUAUAUCUAUAUCAGACUUGAUGUAGAUGCUAGGUUCACUGCAGAGCAGCUCGAACAAGCAUUUUCCGGUGCUGAAGAGCUUGAGAUAGAAUACUUUCAGCCAGCAUAUGGAUACGGCGACAGUAGCACUCUCAAGCUGUUUGAAGGCAUCAGAGGCAUUGGUCGCGCGAAGGUCAUUGGUGGUAGUGGCUGUGAUCCCGAGUACGCUAGAGCUCUCGAAGGAAUGCUCAUGAGUCCUUCAGACGUUGUUGUUCAAUCCUGA